UACAUCAUUGCCGUAAUAUUCUCUCGGAACAUCUCUGACGGAGGAGACAAUUUGACAAUUUGACGUAGCCGUAACCGAAAUUGGAGAAAAUUUGGAGAAAGAGGACCUGAAUACGGAUAUAGAAGUAGUUAAAACGCUUUCGCUUAUCAGAGAGAAAUUAUAUCGAGAACACAUUUACUGGAUUUAAUUGCAUUUAAUUGCAUUAAGAUUCUGAUUUGUAUAUUUAUUUGACAUACUGUUACUAUGGCUCUUCAUUCAGUAAAUACUGGUGAUAGCAAUUUGGAUAUCAAGAUCAUCGAAUGGCUGCAAUGGAACAAGGAUUCAAAGGCAAAAGAUGAGAUAUUUGAAUAUUUGGACAAUGGACAUGUAAAAGCAUUAUCACAGUUAUUUCUUAAAAGACUCGAAUUUGGUACUGCAGGUCUUAGAGGUUGCAUGGGACCAGGUUAUAGUCAAAUGAAUGAUUUAGUCAUUGUGCAAACUGGUCAAGGAUUGAUAAAAUAUUUAAUGGAUACAAUAUUUGAUGUUGCACAGAAAGGUGUUGUAAUUGGAUAUGAUGGUCGUUACAAUAGUAAGAGAUUUGCUGAGUUAACUACUGCAAUUUUCAUAGCCAAUGGUGUUAAAGUUUAUUUAUUUUCCACGAUCUGUCCUACACCAUUUAUACCUUAUACUAUCUUGAGAUAUAAAUGUGCAGUUGGAAUUAUGAUUACUGCUUCUCAUAAUCCGAAAGAUGACAAUGGUUACAAAGUUUACUGGGAGAAUGGCGCACAAAUUAUUUCACCACAUGAUAAGAAGAUUCAAAGCUAUAUUCUUAAUAAUCUUGAACCACUCGAGUCUUCGUGGGAUGUAAGCAAAAUUUACCAAAGUUCCUAUUAUAAAGAUCCAAGAGAUGACAUUAUGCAACAUUAUUAUCAAGACUUGAAAAAUAAUGUUCUAUAUCCCGAAGUUAAUAGAAAUACCACGAUAAAAUUUAUAUACACUGCCAUGCAUGGUGUUGGACAUGAAUAUAUGAUAGCUGCGUUUAAAGCAGCAAACUUUAAGCCAUUUAUAACAGUCGAGGAGCAGAAAAUGCCAGAUCCAGAAUUCCCCACAGUUAAAUUCCCAAAUCCAGAGGAAGGAAAGAGCGCUCUUGAUCUUAGCAUAAAGUUGGCGAAUAAAAGUGAUUCGUCUGUGAUACUCGCUAAUGAUCCCGAUGCUGAUAGACUUGCAUGCGCUGUAAAAACGAAAAGUGGAGAAUGGCAUGUCUUCUCUGGAAAUGAACUCGGCGCAUUAUUGGGUUGGUGGAUGAUUCACACUUAUCAGGUAUUACAUCCUGAUAAUGAUAUGAGUGAUACAUAUAUGUUAGCAUCAACUGUUUCCAGUAAAAUCUUAGCUUCAAUGGCUAAAAAAGAAGGUUUUAAUUUCGAGGAAACUUUAACAGGCUUUAAAUGGAUGGGUAACAAAGCUAUAGAAUUAAUGAACAAUAAUAAGGAGGUCUUGUUUGCAUAUGAAGAAGCUAUAGGUUUUAUGUGUGGUUCUAAAGUCCUGGACAAGGAUGGUAUCAGUGCUGGUGUACGUGUAGCUGAAUUAACAGCUUAUCUUGAAACGAUAGGAUUGACUUUAUCUGAUAAAUUAAGGGAAAUAUAUGAAGAAUAUGGUUACCAUAUCAGUGACAAUUCCUAUUGGAUAUGUUAUGAGCCAGAUAUUAUUAAAACGAUAUUUGAACGAUUAAGAAAUUAUUCGGAUAAACCAAAUACAUACCCAACUGGAAUUCUUAAAGGAAAAUACAUAAUAACUGGCAUUCGCGAUUUAACAACAGGCUACGACAAUACAAAGCCUGAGAAUAAAGCAGUUUUGCCUGUAUCCAAAUCUAGCCAAAUGAUUACAUUUACAUUCAAAAAUGGAUUAGUUACUACUUUAAGGACUAGUGGCACGGAACCUAAAAUAAAGUACUAUAAUGAAUUAUGUGGAUCGCCUGGAGAGGACUUGAGUAAAUUAAAAAGCAUUCUUAAUGAAAUGGUAUCGGCUAUUGUAAUAGAAUUCCUUCAACCAGAGGUUAAUGGACUUAUCGCUCGUGAAGAAUAA